CGAUAGUCAGCUGUGGCAAUAUUGUGCAGGUGUAGGUUAUGUAAAAUUUAGAAAAACCUUUUGUAUUUAAUUAAAAACUGUUACUAUCAACGCCCAGCCUUGAAAAAUAAUUAACCAUGGUGUUUCUAAAUAUUCCACUACUGGUGCGAGCUCGUGGUCCUGAUGAGUUCUGGCGCAAACGUCGUAUUUUCAAACUGGCUGCGCACUAUCGCAGUCGUACACGCAAUGUGUACUCCUUUGCCAUACGCAGUGUACACAGAGCCUUGGCCUACGCCACCAAAGGACGUAAACUGAAGAAACUAGACAUGACCGAAUUGUGGACAACACGAGUGGAAGCCGGUUGCCAGCAAUAUGGUUUGCCUUUAGAGGCGUUUAAGGAGGGUCUGGCCAGGACAGAUGUACUACUAAACAAAAAAAUGCUCGCCGAUCUAGCCAUUUGGGAGCCGCGUUCAUUUGAGGCGCUCGUUAGAAUAUCCCGCGAACGUGCCGCAGUUGAAGGGUUUCCAGAUAUCAAGCAAAGAUCUGCCUUUAAUCAGGUCUAUGGACUGUCAAACUUAAAAUUGGAUUAAUUUAAAAUAUAGACUUCCUGUUUUUGUUUAUUUUUAACAAGUAA